AAGUCGAGGUCGAAUCAUUGUCCAUGACGAUGUGGCUGGUGACACUCGUGCUCGUUGUAGGUACCGCUGCGGGACAGACGGUGCCAUGGUGGAACAGUGCGGUGUAUUACAGGGUGCUUGUGGACUCUUUCAAAGAUGGCGACGGUGACGGACUUGGGGACCUUCAAGGAGCGACAAAACAGAUGAGCUACGUCCGAGCUCUGGGAGCAGACGCCAUCAUCCUGUCUCCCCUCAGCACCAAGAGUCCCGACUGCUCCAAACCUGGUACCAUUGACUUGGGAGCGAUAGACCAGCGCUAUGGAGGGCUGGAUGCCUUCACUCAGUUUCUGGAGAAGGCCAAGACUCUAGAACUCAAAGUGGUCAGCACCCUGGACCUGCAAACGGCCAGUGCAGCAUCAGAGUGGUUCACGUCCAGUGCCAACCGAGUGAACGGGUUUGAAGACUGGUUUAUGUGGGCUGAUGGAACUCCUGAACAACCUCCCGAGCUAGAACCCGGCAUCGACCAAUGGGCGUACCACGAAGACCGCAAGGCAUUCUUCGCAACCCGAAACAACGCGUCAGUCCUCAACCUCUGCUCCGAAGGCGUGGCAUCCGCGUUAGCAUCAGCUCAAUGCGCCUGGCUACGUCGGGGGGUUUCUGGUCUGGUACUAAACCCUGACUUCAAGGAGCAGGCUUGUGGACUGAAGGUCUUGAAGAAGAUGGUGGCGGAAGCCAUGACGUGUGCUAGAGGCUCAAACUUGGAUACACCAGUAAUCAUAGUCGAGACAUCACUACCCUCAGAAGAGGCUGGACAGUACUACAGUGAUGGAAACAUAGGUGCCAACAGUGUCAUAAGUACGGCCCUUACAUCUGCCGCAAGAUCAGCUCCUCAAAUGGCAGUGGCUUUCUACGCCGAUAUUCUUAAUGCUCCUCAGGAUGGUGUUCCGACUUGGCAGACAAGCUCCCCCAAUGCAAACCGUAUCACCACCAGACACGGCGGCGACAUGGUUGACGCCAUCAACCUCCUCAACUUAGUCCUCCCCGGAUCCAGCAUCAUCCAGCAAGGAGACGAGCUCGGCUCAGCCGACACUAUCCUCGAAUGGGCAACAUCUGACACCUGUUUCCCAAGCCAACCUUUGCCAUCGUCAGCGCCCUUCCCUUGGGAUGAUACAGCGAAUGCUGGGUUCACUUCUGGAACGCCCUGGUUGCCAUUAGCGCCUAACUAUAGAUAUGCGAAUGCGAAGACGCAGUUUGUGAAUGAUGGGAGCCAUGUUGGAGUGGUGAGGGUGGCGGCUGCGAUGAGGAAGAGUCCUGCUAUUGGGCCUCAUGCUGAGAUCAAACGCCUCGGAGACGCCAUAGUAGUCCUAAGAUGGGGAGGCACUGGCUGUCUCCUAGUAGUCUCCAACGUCGGCAAGUCCCAGACCGAAGCCCAGCUUUCAUCAGUCCCAGGUCUACCCGCCGAAAUGACCGUAGCUUCCAGCUCAGCUGGCUCGGGCUUCUCAACUGGAUCUCAUGUGAAAUUAGAGAAAGCAGUGAGACUUGGACCUGGAGAGACGGUGCUGCUUGCUGGAGCUCCGAGGCAUUGCGGAGGGCCAGGGCCCGUGGACAAGAUAGCUAAUAAGCUGAAUGAGGGGUGGCUGAAGUUAAACAAGUAUUUUAGUAAUUUGUAAACUGUUUAGGCA